AGGUAGUUGCUAAACAGCAAAUGCCUAAGACCUUGAAACAGUUGCGAGCAUUCUUGGGGUUGGUAGGUUAUUGCAGGCAAUUUUUGCCCCAAUACUCUACAAUAAUCGGUCCCUUACAAGAAUUAUUGAAAGGACAUACUAAAAGCAAUUACAAAUUCACGGUAGAUGAAUUAACCCCAGCAGUCCAAGAUGCUUUCAGAUUAAUAAAACAAUCGUUACUGACUGUGCCCAGUUUGGGCUUACCUGACUAUAGUAAAGACUAUUACUUGUUUUGCACAGAAGUUAAUGGACAUGCCAAUGGUGUCCUGACACAGCAUUUCUGUGCCCGCCACCGUCCGGUUGGAUACUACAGUUAUCCACUGGAUAGUGUGGCCAGAGGCCUACCUGGAUGCUUGAAAUCAGUAGCGGCGGCUGCCCUACUGGUUGAAAAAACUGCUGACAUUGUCCUGGGUAACACUUUGUAUUUAAUGUGCCCUCAUGACUUGGAAGCUAUGUUGAAUAGUGCUUAUACUAAGCAUUUCUCUGUUCAGAGAAUAACUCAUUACCAUCUGGUUCUGUUAUCCGCUUCCAACCUCAAAAUUCAGUGCUGUCAAACUCUGAAUCCUGACACUUUCUUGCCAGAGGAUGAUAGCGAUGAAAUUGAGAAUUCUGACUACUUAACCCAUGACUGUGUUACCUCCAUUAAUGAGGUGACCAAACCAAGAGCUGACUUACAGGAUGAGCCCAUCCCGGGAUUGCCUCCUUGUGCUGACUUGUUUGUGGAUGGCUCAUCCAUCAGACGCCCAGAUGGACUGACUUUGGCCGCGUGUGCAGUGGUGAAUGGUGAGCAUAAACUACUGCAUACUGAAGUUCUGAAUGACUCCAGAUCUGCUCAGGCAGCGGAGCUUACCGCUCUCUGCAUUGCUUUGGAGUUAGCAGAAGGUGAUACGGUUAACAUAUACAGUGACUCAGCCUAUGCGGUAGGGAUCCUGCAUAGUUUUGCACAGCUCUGGCAGGAACGAGGUUAUCUAACUGCUGCAGGAACCCCCAUACAGCAUAAAGGGUUAAUUGUUCGCUUGUUGGCUGUAGUCCAACUGCCUCUAAGAGUUGCUGUGAUUAAAUGUAAAGCACAUACAGGUUCUGAUGAUUGUGUUUCUAUGGGAAAUGCUAUGUUUGAUAAACAUGCUAAAGAAACUAUAUACUCUUAUCAGCCAUCAGCACUGACUAUACCUGCAUUUCCUAUGGUAGACCUCCAGGUGGACCCGUUUGUUCUUUCAGCCCUACAGGAAAGCUCUCCCCACAGAGGAUCCUGGUCUACAAAAGGAGCUAUUUGUGGAGAUGAUGGCCUGUGGCGAAUGAAAAACAAAUUGAUUGCUCCCCCAACUCUUUUUCCUUCCUUGUUCUCUUUGAGCCAUGGGCCUUGCCAUGUCUCAACAGGAGGGAUGAGUCGGGCGGUGACCAAACAAUGGUGGGCACCUGGGUUUCAUACAUAUGCUGCUAAGCAAAUAAAUGAAUGUGCAAUAUGUCAAAUGCAUAAUGUCGGAAGACCAGUCCCUACACCUAUGAAGCAUAUUCCGCAUACUGAGGAGCCAUUUCAAAUUGUGCAAAUAGACUUCUCAGACAUGCCACCUUGUGGUAUAUUUAAGUACUUACUAGUUUGUGUGGAUCAAUUCUCGGGUUGGGUAGAAGCAUACCCAACGGUGAAAAAUGAUGCCAGGACAGUGGUAAAAUGCCUUACUAGAGAGAUGAUUCGCAGGUUUGGGAUAGGAAAUAUAUUCUCAUCAGACAGAGGUACUCAUUUUGAUAACAAACUUAUGGCUGAAGUGGUAAAUAUUUUAGGGUUAAAGCAGCAAUUGCACACCCCUUACAGACCACAGGCUAGUGGGAUGGUAGAACGGACAAAUCAAACAAUCAAAAGGUACUUGGCUAAGAUAACUGCUAAUGGGAAAAGCUCAUGGGUGGAGGCCUUGCCGAUAGUCUUAGCAACUAUCAGAACCACCCCCAAGGAGAAACAUGGGUUAUCACCUUUUGAUAUUUUGUUCGGGCGACCACCCAAAAGACUUCCUGCUACAUUGAUACAUCCUGAAACAGUGACUUUAGGUAAUGGUCAAGAUGCCAUGAUUGAGUAUGUACGCAAAUUGGCAAACGUGUUUUCUGAUACCUUUUCCAGAGCCAAAGCAGGACAACCGGUGGAUACGAAUGAGACAACUCAUGGACUAAACUCAGGAGAUUGGGUGUAUAUCAAGAAUCGUAGGACCCUUCCAGAUCAUUCUUGUGUCUCCUACUGCUGUAAAGCUGAAAGACUAUAAGUACUGGGUGCAUGGUUCCCAUUGUAAGAGAACAGUAGCUCCGAAAAGUAGCCAGUGUACCACUGGCCAGGAUUAUUCUGUACCUUUACCUUCCAGGUCUCCACCGCUGACACGAGCUUGAGCCAGAAGACAACAAGAUGAAUCUUCUAGGGCCUAAACCAGAUGUUCAGCUCUGGUGUGUCAUCCUCUGUGGAGGAGCGUUGGUGUGGAUAACGGUUAUGACGUAUGAAUGGACACACCAGAAAGCGAUGGGUAAGAUACAUGAUACUGUCCUACUAAAUGCUACUAUAAUGGAAAAGUUAUUGCAGCUUGGAACUAUUUCAACCCCAGACCAAAGGCUGAGAAGAGACACACAUGAUUUCCAUGAUAGGUUGGCAGAACCUUUCCAUAACUCCUUUGUGUCCAUGCAUCUGCAAGCAGCUAAAAGACUGAACAUUACUAACUGUUGGAUAUGCACACAUGCCCCUAUUUCACACAAGACUAUACCCUUGCUAGGCCUACCCAGCACUUUGGUUGAAAUGGAGGAUAGUGCCCAUUUCGAUGAAGUAAGCCCCAACAUGUUUGAAAUAACUGUUUCACUGUUGUUGUAUACAAAUGCCCCAAUGAGAACACCUGCGGUUUGUAUCAACUUCACCUGAAAUUACUCCCCCGAACAGCGUGAUCAAGGUUAUCGGAGUACGACAAAGUCACUUGGAGAUUCCCAUUGCAUGGAAAAGGCCGAUAUUGGGUAUUGGUUUGAGGGUAAGGACACUGCGUGGAGUACUGAUCGAUACCAAGAACUGCAUGAUCACACACACACACAAUAGAUGUUGUAUUAAAAAGGCUUUCAGUUUCAUCAUAGAUCUGGCAGACCUGAUGGAUAAUGUCACUGCCCUAUAUGAUAGAAACUUUAUAGCCAUGGCUACAGAGCUAAAAAUGAUCAAGAAAGAGGUUCUGCAACACCGGCUGGUGUUGGAUUAUCUCACGGCAAGUCAAGGAGGAAUAUGCACCAUAGUGGGAACUGCCUGCUGUAACUAUAUUAGGAAUGAUACUAGGGCCGAAGACGCCAUCAUUGCUCGUAUAGAAAAAGUACAGCGCUUAAAGGUUAACUUUCGCAAGGAGCAUACCGAAACCGCUUGGAUUGAUGGUAGCUGGGAAAGCUGGCUUUCCUGGAUCAAUCCGCUCAACUGGUUUUCAGGUAUUGGUGGGUGGUUUUCAGGUAUUCUACAUGGUAUUCUUUAUAUUGUUGGAAUUAUUUUACUUAUAAUCCUUAUAAUCAAUUGUGUACCUAUGUUCUGCAAAUGUUGCAUGAAGAUGACCACACAUACAUGUGAAGCAUGUUGUGGUGCUUGUAUUAAUGCCGGUUCCUUUGAGCCCUCAAGGUCCAGAGUUAAAACCGUUCAUGAAAUGGUGACGCGGAUUCUUGCGAUUCUACCUAAAGACCCUGAGAACCCCCCGGAAGCAUAAAACUUACCAGAGAAUACCAAAGAAUUCGAAAUACAGGAGGGACUGACAAGAUAUGAAAAUCUACAUUGAUCUACCUUGUAUAUUAAAUGUGUAUCACUUGAAUAUCUUAUAUACACACAACAGUAGAGUUCCCCCUUUUUCCUGUGUCUUUCCCUGCAAAUAAGCUUAUGUUUCUAAAUUCCAUUUGGUAUUACACAUUGCAACAUAUUCUCAAUAACAUGUUUUCCCAUUCUCAUGGCCGAACAAAUGUCUCAUGUAAAAUAAGAGAUGUUCCGCCUAAAUGACCUGAUAAGAAGUCUAUGUAAACAGUAAACAGUGUGUCUGGAAAAACCCUUCCAUUCCUUUUUAUUACUUGAUAAUUACCCCUCACAUAUAAUCCAUCUCUCUAACUAUCAAAAUAACCAUUUCACAUGAUGCUCUAAUUAGGUCAGGAUGACCAGAUGUCAGUUUUACUCAUUAUAUAUGUGUGAUUUAUGGAAUCUUGUGAAAUCUUGUGUAAUCCAAACUUUGGGCUUCGUGCCCUGCAUAGACUCUCAUGUUAUCAAUUUCUUAUAAAAUGUCUGUAUAAACCUUAUGUGUCAUCACAAUCCUUCGCAAGGCUUUGGGAGGUGUGAUCCUGUAUGCAGUGUAUUCUGAAGUAAACUUACAUUAAAGA